GCUUCAUUCCUGCUAAUAGUCGCUCUGCAAAUACCUAUAAGAAAAUGUAUAGUGACUAACGAUAGAUAUGCCGGAUUCCGACUCCGAUGAAAACAGAUGAAGCUAAUUCUACACUAAACUUGCAAAAUGUGCAUUAACCAUCAAGACUUGUUUAUAACAUUACGUUACUAAGAAACAAUAAAAGAAUCGGUAUGGUUAAAAUCCCUAACAAUAACUUAGCUAAUGCAGUGCUAGUGUUCUAGACAUUUUCGAGAGCUGAGCUGUGACAACUAUUUUAAAUAUUAAAUGAUUUCAUUGGUACAAGUUAUUUGUCUAAAAGAAAAGUCUCUUUUUAUUGACACUCAAACCUUCUGAUGAAACUCAUGUACAGAUGGCAUAAAAAUCAAGAGUACAUAACAUUGCUACUUGAAUUGCUAAAGGUAUGGCUGUAAUUGACCGCCACGGUAAAAACAUUUGAACAAAAGCUGCUGCAAAGCAUGUAGUAAUCAACAACCUGUUUGCUUGGUGUCUUAGCCACACUCAUUACAAAUCUGUGGUACUAUCAAAAGAAAAUUGGUUUUGUAUACGGCCACAAUUCUAUGCGAUGUUUAAAUAAUUAAGCAGUAAGUAAAUAAAGAGAUUCGCAAAGCGCUGACUUAUAAAUGCAAGUAGUAAAGGAGGACACCUCCUGAUAAAAAUAAUUAAGCAAAAAGGUUUUUUUGUUUACUUAGUUCAAAAGUAACAUUAAACAACGUAAGUUUGAAUGGGAUAUCCAUGUAUAGGGUGCGUCAAGACUUAUGACAAUUUUCAAGAGCUCUCGUUGAUGAAAAAAGUUUUUUGAAUAGACUCGGGGGCGUCAAGGUACUGUUAAACAGCACUUCUUGUUUGAGUGGAUAAACCUCUAUCCAUAUGCUAUUUUUUCAUUUUCUUUCAUAUAAGGGCUACUUAUUGCUUAGGCAAACACUGAAACAAGGUUCAGUUGUGUAGAGUCACAACGUCCGUUUUCUAUAAAAUUAAAUAUCUUUGUAAAUUCAGGAACGAUAUCACCUUUUAAACACUGAACCUAAUAAUAUGUCAACAGAUAUUUUAAAAUCAAGACCCUAGCCAUCAUACACACUUGAUAAAAGGCACAUACUGUCUUCAGUAUUGGGUAUUUCCGCAAGUUGUUUUGUGACCAAGUCUUCGGUACGCGAAGUUCUAGCCGUAAGAACAACUAAUAUACUGCAUGUUGAAGCUGCUGUUCCGACCCAUUUCAGCCACAAGGGUUCAUCGAGUUAGCGUAGAAAACUCGUAGCUUGAACAUCGUAAUCGCCUCGCUUGUUUAAUUCAGAUUUACUCUUUCAAGGGUACAUAGAAAAUCUCCUCUACGAAACGCCUUUUCACUCUCCUAAAGAUCUGCCUGCGAGAGUCCUCUCCACUGUGAUAGUUCUUGCCAGCUAUAUAUGGCUGAUACCUUCAACAAAACAAAUAUCACUCCGUUUGCUUUUCAUUUAGGCAUCCGUUCGGUAUCAACUGUAGCUAUCUUAACCAUCUGUUGUGACAACAUUAUACAUAGCUAAAAGAUCAACUGCUUCUUGGUCCUCUGCAAGAUACUUAAUUGUAUUAAGAAGGACGUUAUAACUUUUUUAAUCAUCAUUUAUCAAUCAAUCAAAAUGUAGAGAAUUAUUUUGCUACUACAAUUAGAUAUUUGGUGAAUAAUGAACAACAAAUGAAAGAACACUAUCGUAAGUGUAUACAUGUAUUCUUAAGUCUACAGUCCAAAAAUAGUAAAACAAGCUUUGAUAAACCUCGAGCACCUUUCAAAUGGUUUUUAUACAUUUUAAAACGUCUUGUAUAAAUAGAUUAAUAUAUCCAAGGUUUUAGAAUAUAGUGAUUGUCUUAACAAAAGUUACAUAUUGUAUAUAUCAUUUUUUUUCCAGUGGACAAUGGUUUUAUUUUUAUUGGUUGCAAUGCGUGAUAAUAAGCUAUUUGCGAAAGCUUUAAUAAAAAGCUAAAGAAUAUGAUCGCAAAAUUAUGCACUUUGUUCCUAUCUAUAUACUAAGUGCCUGCGAUAACAAAUAACACCAAAGUUAAAAACCAGUUUACGUUUUUAGCCAUAAAUAAUACUAUUAAAGCGACUACGGUUGUUACUGCUUAUAUCAUCUGGAUAACUUGAGCUAGCAGCGCGUAUUGGUUUUUGUUGCUUCGUCGCUUUCUUCCGUGCCGUCCGUACUGUCUGAGUUGUAAGUGAAGUACGUUUAUAGUACAGGUUUGAUGAUAAGUGGCAGUGCUUACAACAAAGACAAUAGAAUUUAAUAAGUUUCAAUAAGAUUCUCAACACAAUUAGAUAACAUUCUCAAUUCAGAUGCUUAGUUUCUUGGCAUGUUUGCCAAAGGAUAGAUAUUUCAUGCAUGUUAUUGAUAGUUUUGAUGAUAGAUGCCUUAGAAGUUCCCUAGAAGCGAGAUUCAUUCGUUGUUAUAAUUACGAUUGCCGCGUGAUAAUGUUGUCAAGUAGCGGGUCGUCAGCCGUCUAGCUAACUUUCACGAUCCAGGAGACAGCCAGAAAAUAUUCCUACAAAUACUAAAUAAUGUCUUUGUUGAACAUUGCACUGGAUCACUGAACUCUUUCACUUCCUAAUUCACUGACUCGCUCGGUCCUCUACUCGUCCAUUCUUCUAUAAACGGAUCCAUAUGACCAACGUCAUUACUGCACGUCUACCCAGCAUAUACCCGAACGAAUUCAUUGAGGCGAUUCGUGGUUUAGGUAUUACGGAAAAAGGAACGAAGAAAGAGUGGACAUCGACCGUAUACGGGUUUCAUAACAUCCUACGCAUAAUAUGUGUAGUAACAUCAAAGCAACUUCUUUCAGUUUAGAGGAUAUGUUCAUUCCAUGCGAACAAAUCCUCGGAAUCAUCGACGUUUAAAUAUAGCAUCAAACACUUGCCCCCCGUAAAAGUCUAAUCGGAGUGGAUCUCUCUGUACUUCCUGGAGUUCUUCCUAUUAAACGGAAAAGCGCUGUCAUACACUUCGUCCUGAACAAGGCACUCUGUGCGCUACGAUGCAGUCCUCAGGUCGGCUACUGACGCGAGAAACGAGGAAUUGCUCUUUGCGUGGACUUUGUUCAAUCACACGUAGCUAGCUACGAUAGUUGUUGUAAGCAGCUGUAUCACCGGACGCUUACAUAUGCUCUCUUGCUAAAACGCAAUCGAAAUGCCUUUGGAGCAACGCAUAAUUUCACCUAUACAUGUCUGCCGAGGCGCCAUUCCCAUUGAUGAGCGUGGUCAGCCUGUGGCGCAAGUCGCCAACGACCUCGAAUGCGUGACAAACGGGUCAUUAGCAAAUGUGAUUCGUCAACUGUCCAGUCUCUCGAAACAUGCAGAUGACCUCUUCGGCGCGCUCUUUCAAGAAGCCAGUGGACUUGUUCAUAGGACGAACCAGUUGCAGCAACGGGUAGAGCGUUUGGCGGUCCGAGUAACAAAGUUGGAUUCCACAGUGGAGGAAGUUUCUCUACAGGACAUUACACAACGUAAAGCCUUUAAAUCCACUAUCCAGUAUGACCAGCAGGUGGUUUCCCGAGAAUCAAUGCCUGCAGCAAUGAAGGAAAUGUACGCCGCAUGUGAUCCCCCACCUCCUUUGGGUAAUCUUAACUGCUAUCGCGAUGACGGUAAGGAUGGCCUUAAAUUUUACACGGAUCCUACAUACUUCUUUGAACUUUGGCGGCAAGAAAUGUUGCGAGAUACACAGAAAAUCAAGCAAGAUCGUGUUGGUAGAAAGCAAAAUACGUCGCAGGAUCGGGACGGUCGCAAGAAGGAUUCUAAAAAGCAGGUUCGUCAGCCAUCCAGUACACAAGAGAAAAUGCGAGCCAAGGCAGCGCAAAACGAAAUUCAUCUUCAUCAAGGGGUACCGGGCUCCGGUACUACCUUGUGUACUACGGGGAUGGCUAUUGGAGGCCACAUGGGACAUCAUGCGCACGAAGCGCCACAUUUCCCUACAAAUUUACCCCCUCCUGUUGAAAUCUAUGGUACCCCGGUGAUCAAUCCGUGUAGCGGCGGCAAUCCAACAACCUCAUUACUGCCACCGGUCCCAACUACCACUACCCAAGUUCCACCGGCAGUGGUUUCAAGCCAUCAACAAUAUUUUCCCUCUCCUCCGCCGCCUCUACAACAACAACAGCAGCAACUCUACACACAACAGCAACAUCAUCACAAUUCUCCGCCACUUCCACAUGCGGGGGCAGGCUCGACAUCCCAAACGAGUCAAGCACUUCCAGCUUCUCAGCAGCAACACAUGGGACCCACUCAAUCGUCACCUGCACCACCGCCACUUACAUCGUCCCCGCCCCGUCAAGCAGCAGCCACGCAUCAACAACAGCAGCACUCCAGCUCUGCGGCGAAUGGGGCGCCACCUCCACCACCCCCGUCAGUUGUUGCUGGCCCUGGGGGUUAUUCGCCGCCGCGACCAAAUAUAGCCCCACCGGCCCCACCAGCCGCUCCAGGUGGAGCCGGUACAGCUGCAGUGCCGUUAACGCCUACUCGGCGACCAUCCCUUCCACCUCCACCUCCACCUGAAACCGAGGACCUACCGCCGCCUCCUCCGCCGACUCCUCCACCAAUGCCUAUGCCACCGCCUCCGCCACCUUUACCUUGCGCCACCGGAAUGCCGCCUCCAUCGUCAUUGGCCAAUGGCACAGUAGCAGCAGGUGACGUUGACAGUGGCAAUCCUGUUAAACCACCUAUUCUGCCAGCGAUGAACGGCGCAAUGAAUGGUUCCUUACCACCACCUCCCCCUAUAUUGAACCUUACCCAAACUCUAAGUGACGUUAGAUUGAAGCCAGUGCCGCCAAAGGAAAUGGCGUCACACGUGACAGACGCGCGAAGCGAUCUUUUGGCUGCGAUACGAGAGGGAAUCAAGCUUCGGAGAGUAGAAAAUAACAAAGCUAAAGAAUCAGAGAAAAACGUACAGCCACGCGACGUGGCGUCAAUUCUCGCACGACGAGUAGCGCUUGAAUACUCGGACUCGGAAAGCGAAUCUGAUGAAGGAGACUCUGAAUGGGAUAAUGCUGAAACGGACUGCUAAACAAAUAUGUUUAUUGAUCAGUCACCCAGCCAGUUGGGUGGUCAGUAGAUCGGUCGGUGGCCGACACUUAGCGUAACUGUAUUCUCAAGUUUUAUGUCCAGUACGGGCUUUCGAGCAUCGUUUCAGACAUGCAGCAUUCCGACUUCAACUCAUGCCUGUCUGAGCAACAAUUUUGGUAGUCGUGCAGGACUUAACAGUGGUCCUUUGAAUAUCUAUCCGGUUUUCAGGUUGGAUCAUGAAUUGUUCCUAGCGUCAUCACUUCAUGGUUUGAAUCCGAGAUACAAAUAGAAACGCAUUGCGUAUUGACGUACAAGCCUUUCUAGAGCUGCAAUGUAAUGGGCAUAUGAUUACGAACUUGUGUCUGAAGCAGAACCGUUGUGCAAAGACAGAAAAUCUUAGUCAGAAGGUCGGGGUAAAGGGUUGAAGGUACAAAUCGUUAACAAAGGCAGAUAUUCCUUGGAGAUGAUGUAGGAAAAAGAAAGAUCGUAUACGCUACAGUAGAUAACAUCCAGUCGAUUAUCUGCACUGGAUCGGAGCGCGCACAGGGAGAUUAACUAAUCAUCGUACACUCUUGCAAUUGUUAAUAUAAUUUAUCCAUGAAUAAAAAAAUCAGGCUAGCGAAAAGAUAAAAGAACUAAGACAAUAUAGAAUGCGGUUAUUAUUAUUAUUAUUAUUAGUGAGACACAACUGAAGAAGUAGUCUUGAAAUACACCAAAAGCCAAUUGAUUUUAUCGUCGUAUAUGGUCGUUUUCUGGGACUCCAGUGAUUAAAACCACAUGUUUCAAUUGGGACAAAUUAAAGCAUUAGUAAGUUUGCUAAAAUUAAUGUACGAACUUUUCUCGAAGGAGAGCUUACAGUUCGUUAUUGUCGCCGAAGCUCAUCAUAACAACAAUCGCUAUUAUUAUUUAAUAAUAAUAAUAAUAAUAGCAAUUGCUAUAAAUAAUAAAUAAUGAGAUGAUAGAAGCGCCGAAGGAAGAACAAAAGAAAAACAAGAAAACUAAUUUUUAAGACUAAUGGAACAAACUUCUUUAGGCAAAUGUCGAAAAACAAGCAGAUAGCCGCAUAACUUGCGGAACUAUAAAAACGCGCAUGGAUUUUAUUAUUGUUAAUACUUUGACAGUAGUAUUUUCGCAUACAAGUACUACAAAUAAUUUCGUAGACCGAUUUUGAUUCCUCCAAGGCACAAUUUGCCACAGAUUUCAGCGUUUUGGGUGUAUGGAGCUCCAUAAACAGUGACUGCAUUUUUUUAAUCCGGCAUGGUUUAUAAAUAUAUAUUUAAAUUAUGUACUCCAAGGUAACUUUUGUGAAGUAAUACGUGUCCACUAAGAUAGCUUUCCAUAAAUGUUCAUCUAUUCUAUGUUAAAUGGACUUUAGUGAAGACCCCAUAUUAAUCUUCUGUCAUAGGGCAGCGACAGAUAACCCAAUCGUGAUUGCUUAAAUGAAUACGAAUACAUAAUACAUUUUUGAUUUUGAAUUUAUGCUUCUAUACAAAUAUCUGAAUAGCCCAUAUCGAACAGGGCAAUAACAGUUUGUUGGUGAGCGAAUGCCAACCAUACUGGAUAGAGCAUCGUGUCCGCCAGAUAAACAAAUCGCAAACAAGAGGGAGAAAAAUAUUCCACGUGACUCAAAUACUGUAAAAAUAAAACCAUAACAAUGGAAUAAAUUCUAUUAUAAUUACAAUUAGUAGCAAAAUGAAAGUCAGUGAAAGUAAAAUCUUCUUGAUCAGAGGUUAUUAAUAAAGAAGCUAUCAUUCAAAUUAUUUUUUACGGCAUAAUAAUAUCACAUGGUUGACAUAUAUGCAAAGUUGCACAACCAGGCAUGCAUUCCAUGUACUUAUAUUUAAGACGUGGCUCAAAAAUAUCGACCAUAAUGCUCUUGCUUAGUGACGAACAUCUUGAUGGAGACAAACAGUCUUUACUCAGUGCUACUAUCUUGCGUACUUGUCUUUUUGUAGUCCGAAUGUAUUUCUUUUAUCAGUUCUGUUUCUUUUGAUAGCCUAAUUACUUUGCUGUAGUGUUAAAUUUUCUAUUGAAACCGUUGUACGUACAGUAUAAUAGAGUAUUUGUAACAAUUUGACAAUGAUACCUUUGAGUUGCAGUUCACUAUUAUAUAUAGCUCGUAUGUUAUAUUUCUAUUUUUCUCAGGCCCGGACAAAUGAUCUCUUUACUUCCCUUUUUUCUUUUCAUCUGGUUUUCAUUUUUUAUUGUAAUUUUACCUUAAAAAUAUUGCGUUCGCAAAAUCUAUAGCCAAGCGUUUAUAUCAACUUUUACAUAUCUGCUUUAUCUGAAUUGCUUCUCUUUUGAUUAUUUCUGCUGGAAUUCCUGCGAAGACCCUUUUUCUCGUUCAUUUUUAAAAAAAAACCGUUUCGUUUUUUCUCUGCCUUAUCAUAGACAUCCAAGAAAUAAGGUUCAUCGUUUAAUUAGCUGAUAAUACAAUAUGGUAUUAUAUAGGGUCUCACCUUUAAGUGUUAUGAUGAGCUUUCCUUAUCACUCCUAUCACUUAUUUUCGGAACCAUUAUAAAUCUAAGGUUCCUUUUGCUAAACAUGGUUGGCCUUGAGAUAGAGUUCUAUAUUUCCUUGUUUCGCUUAUAUUUGUAUCUAAUUAAAAACACGUAUCUACGCGUCGUUUACUCCUCCAUCUGUCAUUAUUAUUUUUAUGUACAGGCCUUGAUCAAGUUCCUUUCUUUCUAGCGACGUAUCUACAAGGUUACUAUAAUUAUUCAGUGCUUUAGACACUCGUCAACGUUCGUUUCCGGAAAAACCGCUUUUUUACCUGCAAAUAUCUCCUUUCUCCUGUUGAAUCCUACAGAACUGACGUAUGAAUUCUCCUAUACUUUUUGGUGACAGGUAUUUUGUCUCCUUGGCAGGCUCUUACUACUUAUUAAUAAUUUAUAUGCUGCCUCGAACUUCUUUUAAAUCAAAAUCUAUUCCUUCGUCACUCACUGUCUUAUAACUGCUAA